GAAGCGUCUCCUUCAUUUCUUACUUUCUUUUCUGUUUGUGUUGCUGAGAAACGAAGAAAGAGCGAAGCACUUAAGCAAGCAAAAGUGCGUUUCCGUUGUGUAUUAGCGAUGCCAGGUGGAGCCACCGUCUGCUCUGGUCACCGUUUUCUCUGCCUUGUUCCGCAUUCAAGUCGUCCACGGCUGAGCAACCCGACUCGCUUACGGCCGGUUCCGGUUCAGCUCCGAUCCAUAUUUGUGUCGAAUGCCCAUACCAAGCUAUUCGGCUCCAAACUGAGUCUCAUUCCCAGAGCUGUUGAUUCUUCUACGGCACAAUCUUCCGUUGUUUCGGACGAUGGCUUCUCCGUUUCUAAGGUUUCUUUUGGUGUGGUUGGUCUAGGCGUUGGACUUUCACUCUUGUCCUAUGGUUUUGGGGCAUAUUUUAAUCUUUUCCCUGGAUCUGAAUGGUCAGCUAUAAUGUUAACAUAUGGCUUUCCUCUUGCAAUUAUUGGAAUGGCGCUCAAGUAUGCAGAACUCAAGCCAGUCCCGUGCAUCACAUAUUCAGACGCUCAAAGCUUGCAGGAAAAAUGUGCAACUCCAAUUCUUAAACAGGUGAAGAGUGAUGUCACCAGGUUUCGCUAUGGAGAUGAGCAACAUUUGGACGAGGCAUUGAAACGGAUAUUCCAGUACGGCCAAGGAGGAGGAAUACCAAGGAGAAGUGCUCCUGUUCUACAAUUGAUUCGAGAAGAAGUCACAAAAGAUGGUAAAUACUGUCUGGUUUUGGUUUUUGAGGCCAAGGCUCUGCAGUUGUCAGAUUUUGAACAAAGACAGGCCAAAUUUGCUUCCUUCUUUGGGCCAGGAAUUACAGCUGAAAUUGGUAAGGGAGAAAAAGACUUAUAUGAGGUUCGACUUAUCUCCGAUACAGACCCCAACGCUUUACCUUCAUGAAGCUCUGGACCAUUUGGUCCUCUUCCUUGUCACAUGGUUUAGUCAAUUACAGGACUUUGGUCCUGUACAAUAUGUAAAAAUGUUAUGUUCAAGAGUACUGAGAUAUUAUUGUAUCAAGUGUAAAUUUUGACGUUUAAAUAAAAUAAAAAUAGCAAUUUGAAAGUGC